UAUAUAUAUAUAUAUAUCAGUAGGAUGUGCAAACCUAGUCUGCUGCCUUUCUAGCUGAAAACUUUACCCGUUCGUCUUCCUCCGAUCCUCUUCUUCCUCCUCGUUGCUGCUUGCUGGGAGAGUAUACUGUUCUUCACAAGGCGAAGCGAGGCGGCGGCGGUGACAGCCGAUCAGAAUCGAAGGAAUGUCGUCCCAGAUCGCGGCAGCGGUGGAUCAUGUGUGCUACGUUCACUGCAACUUCUGCAACACAGUUCUCGCGGUGAGUGUCCCUGGGAAUAGCAUGCUCAACGUCGUGACAGUCCGGUGUGGACACUGCACAAAUCUAUUGUCAGUGAACCUGAGAGCACUGAUGCACUCACUCCCAGAGCAACAGGAUCAGCUACAGUUGUUCGAUUCCCAUGAGAACAUCAAGGCCCAUGGCAUCAAUGGCAGUCAUUUGGAGUUUGGUUCUUCGUCCUCGAAGUUCCGACUGCCUAUGAUGUACUUGCCACAAAACCAACACCACCUGCUGCAGGAACAGACGCUAAAUGCUCAUCCUCCAGAGAAGAGGCAACGGAUUCCAUCGGCGUACAACAGAUUCAUCAAGGAAGAGAUCCGCAGGAUAAAAGCAAACAACCCUGACAUUAGCCACAGGGAAGCCUUUAGCACAGCAGCCAAGAACUGGGCACAUUAUCCAAAUAUCCAUUUCGGGCUAAGCCCCGGACGGGAGGGUGGCAAGAAGCUCGUCGAUGAGGAUGUCUCAGCCUCUCCGCCGCCUAAGAAGAUCCAAAGUCUCUACUGAUAUAUAUGUGUGUCUAUUCAUCAUCUGGAUGCAAGAAUCAAAACCACAAAUUAAAAUAUACUGUUAGUAAAAAAUUAAGAGGAAGAGGGGAAAAUAAGUUACUACUACUUAUUAACGAGUGAUAAGUGAUGGGAGGUGAAACAUACAAUCACAUGGAUUGCUAUUAGGCACUUGGUUGAACUGAGACGACUUAAUAAAUCAUUUGACCGCAUUAUUAUUGUGUGAAACUCUCUCUCUCUCUAUCUCUGAGAUUCUCAUAAUAAAGGAACCGAAUUGUUCAA